AUGGUGUAUUCCUACCUCUGCCAACCUCGCCUUUCAGAAGAGUCACGCAUCAAGUUCCACGAGCUUCACUGUGGAGACGGACAACUUCCAGACAUCCCACAUUGGCAGAGGAAAGACAUGGUUGGCCCAGAGUUUGCCCGAGAGUACACCGAGUUCUUCUACGAGACCACGGAUAUGCGUAUGAGCUUCAGAGCCAUCUCGUAUGCGCUCGCUUUCGACCCUUUCGGCAGCGGUAUAGUGCCUUCUGACUUCAUUCGGUCCUGCACGAUUGUCUUUAGGAUUGCCUACGACACUGCUGAUUCUGGGAAAGACGAGCGGACAACAGUACGGGGACAGCUUCGCGCUUUGACGAGAUUGAAGCAGCGUUCAGGUACCAUUACCUUUGAAAUUGAACUCGAUAGCAAGGAGUAUGUCAUCCGGCAAUUUGCCUAUCUCUUCCGUCAACUGGUCUUCCUUGGCCCAAUCGUUUUCGAACUGAAGGACCAAGCCUUCCACUGCAAUGUAGCAAUAGUCUCUGACAUGCGUAAGUCUACACAGGCCAGGAUCGAUGUCACUUCUUUGUGGAGCGAGCCAAAGGGAGCAUUGAUUAGCAAGCUGCACAAUUGGCACGUCUUCUGCCGUAAGUACAAGCGGAACUGCGAUGGUGAUAAAUUGGUUACUGACAGUCAGAUAGCACAGAGACGUGGAUAUGAUGCAGCCUUCCUCGAUAUGGAGCUAACUACGUUGACCAUUCCUAACCACGAGGACAUAUUAAUACGCGGUGAACUUGGCGUCUCAGAGAACGAUGCAGACCAUUCGAUACUGAAGCGCAUGUUGAGGAUCACCAUGGGCGAGGGAGAUUGA